AUGGAAUAUUUAUCUGUUCACUUAAAUGAUUUAUCUGAUAAAAUUCUUAUUUAUAUUUUGAAAAAACUGUCUAAUAUCGAUGUACUUUAUUCUUUAUUUGGUGUUAAUAAACGAUUAAAUAAAAUAGUAUGUAAUUCUAUUUUUACGAAUCAUUUGACUUUACUGAAAUCUUCAUUGAAUUAUUGUGUUUUAUCAUUAUCUGAUCGAAUACUUGAUCGAUUUUGUGUACAAAUCUUGCCUGAAAUUCAUAAUAAAAUCAAAUGGCUUGAUCUUGAACCAUUUUCAAUGGAACGUAUUCUUCUUGCUGUAAAUUAUCCUAAUUUAUAUGGAUUUGGUUUAUAUAACAUUCAAGAAGAAAAAGCUAUAUAUCUUUUUAAUGAUGAAAGUCUUUUCACUCGUAUGUUCAAAAAUCAAGUUUCAUCACUUGUUAUCAGUAUUAAUGCAAAUGGAUCACUAAGUUCAAGAGAAGAUGUAUAUGCACAAUUAUCAUUUGGUAUUUCAUCUCCAAAUGUUUUCUCUUCAACUCUGUUAGAAUUACACGUUUGUCUCAGUCAUUUUACUGAUUGUCUUUAUUUACUUGAUGGACGUUUCAAUGAACUUCGUAUACUUCAUGUUAAUAUUAAUUUCAUUUCUUCUUCAAAUUUAACAAUUGAUAAUCAAAAAAAACUUCCUAAUUUAAGAUCCUUUUCAUUGCACUGUAAUAGAGAUACAUAUGUUUAUGAUGAAUUAAUUGUACCACUUCUGUAUCGAAUGUCUGAUUUAGAAAAACUUGAUUUGUCUCUUAUAAUUUCGGGCAAAGGAACAUUUGUUGAUGGUAAUGAUUUGAAGACAAAUAUUAUUAAUAAGAUGCCAUUCUUGAACAAAUUUACAUUUAAUAUUCGUUCAUUCAGUCAUUUUUAUAAUCAAAUUAAUAUACCGUCAAAUGAAGAUAUUCAACAUACACUCAAUGAUUAUAAAGAUAAUCAAAUUAUUUCUUGCGUUGAUUAUUUUCCAAACAGAAAUUCUAGUCAAGGUCAUAUUUAUUCAUAUCCAUAUAAAUUAAAACAUUAUGAUAAUAUAACAAAUAAUUUUUCAGGUGGAAUAUUUAAAUGUGUUCGCGAAGUAUCAUCAUUUGAUGAACGUUCUUUUGAACAUGAAUUUUUUCUUCGUAUUGCUGAAUCAUUUCCAUUGAUGGAGAAAUUGACUUUAAUUAAUAUGAAACCACAAAUUAACAAAUUUUAUCAACAAUCAAAAAAUGACCAUCAACAUUUGUCAAUUGUGAUUAAAUAUUCUCAUCUUACGGACCUUAAUCUUACAAAAAUUGACGAAGAUUAUCCUGAACAAUUUUUACUCGAUACUAAAAUGUCUUUACCAAAUGGGAUUUUUCUUCAGACCGAUUAUCAAUUACUAAACAGCGUCACACACAAUUUUACAAGAAAUGAAACACGACAGAAUUGUGCAAAACUGAAAAUUAUCUUUUUCAUUAACAAAUCAGAAUUUCCUGAACAUUUAAAAGAUUAUUUUCCUUGUGCUAAAAUACUUUGA